AUGAAGGAACUCAAAUGGCUUGUCAGAAUGAGGUCACCACCCGAAUCCAGGGAUAUGAACAAGUACUGUGAGUUCCAUCGGGAUCAUGGGCAUACCGCGGAGAACUGUAAGGCCCUGCAACGGGAGAUUGAAGCCCUUAUUAAAAGAGGACUCCUGAGUUCCUACAUCGGUAACGACAAACGCCCGAGGAAUGAUCGUGGCAGGGAAAAAGCCCCUGAGACAAAAAGGGAUGGUCAACCCACUGCUGGAAUCAUCAAUAUCAUCAUUGGGGGUAUUGCCUCGGGAGGAGACUCCAACAGUGGAAGAAAACAAUAUGCCCGACAAUAUGCCUUGACCUCUGGGAUGCCUCAUGGAAAGCUGGAGGAUAUUACUUUUGGGACCGAGGACUUAGAAGGUGUAUCAUUUCCACAUGAUGAUGCCUUGGUAAUCUCAGCGAUUGUGGCCAAUUUUGAAGUAAAGAGAAUCUUUGUUGACAACGGGAGUGCGGCUAAUAUACUUUCACAAGAAGCUUUUGCCAAAAUGGGAAUCUCAUCUCAGCAGCUCAAAGCGGUUAAAACUCCUCUCCAGGGGUUUGGGGGAGGAGUCAUCACUCUAGAGGGUGUCGUCGAGCUUCCUCUAACUUUGGGUUCUGGACAGAAACAGGUUACGGAGAUGACAUCUUUUCGAGUGGUACAUGUCUCAAUGGCCUAUAACGCUAUUUUGGGAAGACCACUCCUGAACAAGAUUAAAGCCAUUGUGUCUACCUUCCACCUAGCCAUGAAGUUUCCAACAAGUAAUGGCGUUGGGGUCGUGCGUGAAGACCAGACAGCUGCCAGACAAUGCUAUGUAGCCAGCGUUUGA